AUGCUCCAAGCCGUGCUGGCACUGCUGGAGACCCUGGAGGAGGAGGAGAGCGCCCUGCUGGAAGCCUUUAUCCCCACCGCCCGCCUCACCCAGCCCGAAUCCCCCAACAGCACCUCCCGAAUUCUCACCUCGCCUCUCCCAGGCAGCACAUCUCCGAGGCCUGACCUGGCGAUCCGGAUCUGCACUGUCGUCUGCAGAUCCUGGGGUGACCAGCCUCUGCUGAGCCAGGUGGUGUGCAGCGUGGGACGGGCUGAUAAGCCCCUGAAGCACCAGGCCAUGGUGCCCCAGAGCCUGGAGAGCGGCCUGCGGCAGCAGGGGGUGACAGAUGAGGCCCAACUCGCGGCCAUCCAUGCCCAGGUCAAGCACAAGGCCGAGGCUGCCAUGACAGCCUUCCUGGAGAUGGAGGCGGGGCUGUCGGUGGAGCAGCGGGGCGGCCGACGGGCCCAGACUGAUGUGAUUGGCGUGGAUUUCCUCCUGACCUCGUCGGAGCAGGUGCUGCAGCUGAUGGCUCUGGAGAUGAAUUCUCAGCUGUGCCUGGAGACCUGCGCGCUCUUCGAGUCCAUGGGUCAGGCGGUGGGGGUGCCGGCAGGCGAGUCCUCACGUCCUCUGGUGGAGACGAUGUUGCGGCGUACACAGUGUCUCCUCGUGGAGGGCAAGCACGUGUUGGUGAUCGGGGCCGGAGGAGUCAGCAAAAAGUUCGUCUGGGAGGCGGCCAGGGCCUAUGGGCUAAAAAUUCACCUGGUGGAGUCGGACCCCAACCACUUUGCCUCGCAGCUGGUGCAGACCUUCAUCCACUAUGACACCACGGAGCACAAGCGGGACGAGGAGCACGCCCAGUGGCUGGUGGGGCUGGUUCGGGAGCGGGGCCUACACCUGGAUGGCUGCCUCUCCUACUGGGACGACUGCAUGGUGCUGACGGCCCUGGUGUGUGAGCAGCUGGGCCUGCGCUGCAGCCCGGUGGCCGCCAUGCGGGUGGCCAAGCAGAAGAGCCGUACCCACCAACACCUGCUGCGCCGGCGCAAGGAAGCCCCGCUUGGCUGGACCUCAGAGGCGCUCUAUGCUGUUCCCUGCUGCCACCUGGAGAGCCACGCUGACGUGGAGCGGGCUGCUCGUCAUCUCUCCUUCCCCGACGUCAUGAAGCUAGAGUACGGGGCGGUCGCCGUGGGGGUCAAGCUGGUGGAGGACGUGCAGCAGUGCCACCUGCACUUCGAGAAGAUCUCACGGGACUUGCGGGAGGAUACGGAUUUCCUGGGCAUCGGGCUGGGCUGGGGCAACACCAUGCUGCUGAUGGAGUAUGUCUCUGGCACUGAGCACGACGUGGACAUCGUGAUCUAUGAUGGGCGCAUGCUGGCCGCCUUCGUCUCCGACAACGGGCCCACCCGCGUGCCCCACUUCACCGAGACGGCGGCCAGCAUGCCCACCUGCCUGGCGCCCGACCGCGAGGCCCAGCUCGUGCGCGCCGCCUACCAGUGCUGCUUGGGCUGCGGCCUGACCAAUGGCGUCUUCAACGUGGAGCUCAAGUUGACGGCGUCUGGGCCCAAGCUCAUCGAGAUCAAUCCCCGCAUGGGCGGCUUCUACCUGCGCGACUGGAUCCAGGAGAUCUACGGGGUGGACAUCAUGCUCGCCUCGGUCAUGGUGGCCUGCGGGGUGCCCCCGCUGCUGCCCGCCCAUGCCCAGCCCCGCACCCACCUGGUGGGUGUCAUGUGCGUGGUGUCACAGCACCUUAAGGCCCUCAAGUCCACAGCCAGUGUGGAGACAUUGCAGGCCCUGCAUGAGCGCGGCAUCAUCCGCCUCAACCUGCUGGAAGAUGAGCUCGUUGCCCGUGAAUACGAAGGGCCCUACUGCAACGUGGCCUGUGCCAGCCCCAGCCGCUGCGAGGCCUGCCUCAAGGUGCUGGGUGUCUGCCAGGUGCUGGGCAUCGACUUGCCCCACUAUCCUGUCACCCACUUCCUCUCUCACUUCAAAUAGCACCCAGGGAGCCCCGGGGAGGGGGCCACCCCGCUGCCUCUGUCUUGUCCCCCCCAUUACCCCUAGGGCCUGCUGGGCUCAGAUCCGGUUCUGGAGGAGCCCCCGGCCUCCCCCUCCCCGGUGUGUCCCCACCAGCCGGGGCACUGGUGCUUGCAUUACGUGGCUCCUCUGUAUCCCAGUGUUGUUUUUUUUCCUCACAGCUUCCCCUUUCCCCCCAGGAGGGAGCUGGGGGCCCCUGGUGUCGUCUCUGGUAGGAGCCACACCUGCCUAUGUGUGUGAGACAUGGGAUUGCAUCAGUAUGGCAUCUGUUCUGCUCCCUCUGGGGCUCCUCCAGCUCCCCUCCCCGCAGCUGCCCUGUCCUGAUCCUCUAGUUCCCCUCCCUCAGCUGACCUGUCCCAUCCCUGGAGGGAUCCCCCACCCUCUCUGCAGACUCCUCCCUGACCCAGUGAGAUCCUCCAGUUGACUCCCGCAACCAAGCCCACCAGCUCCGGGAAGGGCUGUAGGUCACGGACCCCAAUCUCCUGGGCACGAGCUCAGCUCUGAUGUCUGUUCAGCCAUGGGGGGAGAGGAAGGAUUGAGGGUCUGGAGCCUCCAGGAGUGGAGACUUAAGGCUACAAGUGGCCCUCCAAUAACUAACCACUGUACGCAUGUUCCCUGCUCCCCCCUCAUGCUCCUUAGUCACCCUACUUUAGCAAAUCACUGUAUGCUACCUCCCCACCGUGCUUGUCAGCAACCCUACGAUAACAAACCACUGUACUCAACCCCUCUGGUACUCAACCCUACUGAUAGCAAACCACCAUAUGCAACCUGCCCACGAGCUCAUCAGCAACCCACCAGCUAACAACAAACCACCGCAUGCAACCCCUCCCGUGCUUGUCAGCAACCCUACAAUAGCAAACAAUUGUGGGCCAAGUCCUAGCACGGACCCUGCGAUGAUAACAUGCCCUAUGCAAACUUCUACAAACCUACGGAACCUGAGACACUGAACUCACCCCCUUGAGCCUGCAGCCCCAGCACUUGAACAGCCUGCACUGAUGACGGAACCCUAGCCAUGCUAACAAGCAAUAACAGGGCUCCAGAGCAGCCCUAUGCUAACUAACUAGCAUGCCUGGCCCCCGGGAAGGACAAAGACCUUACACUAACAAAGCAGGCCCAACCCUCCAGCAGUUUUGAGGGCUGUGGAUGCACAGCCCCAG